AUGGAGGCCCUCAACUCGAAAAGUCCGGUAAAACUCACUGUAAACGUCGAGUCCCUGUCAAUCGUCCAAUCGAAUCAAACAAACUUUCCACUCUUCCGCCUACCAGCCGAACUCCGCAAUCUGAUCUACACCUUCACUCUCGAUCUCGACAUAGGAGUCCACCACAAUGCCAGCUACAAAGAACGGGAUCCACUCGAUUUCGCCCGCACAAGCCAUCAGAUCUACGUGGAGACUGCUCAGACCUACUUCGAUACCAAGAUCCUACCAUUCCUCCGCCAUGACAGCAUAACCCUUCCGGACGACGACAUCGAGACAAUGAAUGGCAUACUUGCAAAGCUUACACCUCUUCAAAAGACCAUGACCACCCAUGUUCAUUUCGGUUCGUGCGAUCUAUUCAAUGAUCUCAGCAACAUUGAGCUUGUCUGCCCAUUGCUAGAACUACCAAAUCUGAGAGAGAUUACAUAUUGCAAACCCAAAAUCAAGUGGAACGCGUUAUACCACAUCAAUACUGCGUUUCAUCGGCGGUGGAGGCACUGGAUGCGUAAUGAAGGUCUGCGUAUGGAUAUUUGCGAGCUGGAGCGACCGUCGCUGGAAUUGGUGUGA